AUGUUGGCCUUGAAGUUCUUGGGCUUCGCACUCCUUGCUCGCGUCAGCCGGGCAACGCCGUUGUCGCUGACCAUUCUCCACACCAAUGAUCACCACUCUCACCUGGAGGCCAACCGUGUUGAAAUCGAGGCCAGCAAGAUUGCCGGGCUUUCAGCGCAGGCUUCCAGCAACGCGAUCAACGUCGAGUUGGGCGGCUACCCGCGGAUCGUCUCAGGCUACGGGAAGCUGAAGAUCGAUGCGGAGACGGCAGGGCGCUCAGUGCUGAAGCUCCACGCCGGCGACGCCAUCACAGGCACAGCCUACUACUCCAUGUUCAAAGGCGAGGCUGAUGCGAAGAUGAUGUCCCUCGUGUGCUUCGAUGCCUUCACGCUGGGGAACCACGAGUUCGACGAUGGAGACCAGGCCCUUGCCAACUUCAUCGACAAGCUCCAGACCGUCAACGCAUCCUGUGCCACUCCGGUGGUGGCUGCGAAUGUCGUCCCAGCGGCCACGUCGCCGCUUCUUGGCAAGCUUAACAAGUCCGUCGUACUCUCUGUCGCUGGCCAGCAGGUGGGCAUAGUCGGUAUUGAUGUUCGCAACAAGACGCUGCGCUCCUCCUCCCCAAGCGCCGGGACGACCCUCACUGACGAGCGGACCGCCGCCCAGACAGAGAUUGACAUGCUGCUCGGCCAAGGCAUCGACAAGAUCGUGCUGGUUACACACAUGGGCUACGACAGCGACAUGACCCUCAUGGCCACCCUCCGCGGAGUGGAUGUUGUGAUCGGUGGCGACUCCCACAGCCUUCUGGGUGACAACAUGACCCGCGAAGUCGAUUUCAGCCCCAUCCACGGCGAGUAUGCUACAAUGAUGCGCAAUGCUGAUGGGAAGAUGGUCUGUGUUGUCCAGGCUUGGGAAUACAACAAGGCGAUUGGCGAGCUGGAGGUGGACUUCGACACAAGCGGUGAUGUGCUGCGCUGUGGGGGCCAGCCACGCUUCCCCUAUGCCUCGCAGAUUCAGUCGGGAAGGAGGCGCAGCAGCCAGGCGUUUGUCAUCAAUUCCUCAGACACCGCCAGUGUGAUGAGCUACCUCGAUUCGACAGGCCAGUUCAUGUUGGUUGAAGAAGACGUGCACACGGCUGCCGAGCUCUCCAGCUACCAGACGCAGGUGGAGGCAUUGAAGCAGGAGACGAUCGCCUAUGCUCCCAACAAAAUUUGCUUCGACCGCUGGCCUGGUCAGGGCGCGGGCAGCUGCCCCAUCGCAGAGACGCAGGAACAGGGCGGCGGCGCGUGCCAGCUGGUGGCCCAGGGCUUCUUGGAGGUGACGAAGGCCGCCGACGUCGCCAUUCAGAAUGGCGGAGGUUGUCGCACGGACAUCGCAGCUGGCAACUUCAGCCACAACGAUGCCUGCACCAUGCUACACUCGUGA